AUAGUCUAAAGUAAACAGUUAUUCUGCUCGCUGCAGCGACAGAAAACACUGUAUUUGAUAUAUUUCCAAUAUGUUUAAAUUAAAUAACAGAAGUAUUAAAUAUAAGGCAGCUAAAUAUUUGAAAUAUAGGUCCUUCGCUACAAAAAAUGAAGUCGUAAAAUCCGCAGAUGUUGUUAUAAUUGGUGGAGGGAUAGCUGGCUGCAACACAUUGUAUCAACUGACUAAGAGAGGCGUAAGUGCUGUCUUACUAGAGAGGGCUAAGAUAACUAGCGGCACAACAUGGCAUACAGCAGGCUUGGUUUGGUCUCUCCGGCCUUGCGAUUUGGAGGUCAGAUUGUUGCAAGAUUCAAGGUCAGUGUACAGCGGCUUGGAGAAGGAAACCGGUGACUACGCGGGAUGGAUUAACAAUGGAGGAUUGUUUAUAUCACGUAGUAGGGUACGAACUCAAGAAUAUAUGAGAUUGCAUACUCUAGGUAAAGCAAUGGGAAUACCUAGUCAAGUACUAGAUCCUAAUGAAGCUCAGAAAUUGUUCCCGUUACUGGAUCCUUCUGUUUUCAAAAUGGCACUUUACUCGCCCGAAGACGGUACUAUUGACCCGGCAAUGGCUUGUAGCGCGUUGUUAAAAGCUGCUACUAAUAAUGGUGGAAAGGUAUAUGAAGAAUGUCCAGUCCUGGACAUACAUUACGCACAUAAUUUACUAGGCAAUAAAGAGGUGACCGCGGUACACACUGAUAAAGGAAUUAUCAAGACUAAAUGUGUUGUUAACUGUGGAGGCGCAUGGGGUCCAAGAGUGGCAAGGUUUGCUGGUAUCCCAUCGUUACCGAUAGUGCCGUUCAAGCACGCGUACGUGGUUUGUGAUGCCACGCCCGAGGUCCGCGGUGCCCCUAACAUUAGGGAUCACGAUGUUAACCUCUACAUCAAGAUACAGGGGGAGUCAUGUCACGUGGGAGGUUACGAACCGAAUCCACAUAUGUUGGAUCAGGUUCCAGAUAACCUCCAGUUCCAUUUAUACGAUUUAGAUUGGGACGUAUUUGGUGUACAUAUGACCAGUGCGACCACUCUGUGCCCUAAACUGAGUACAGUCGGCGUCAAAAGUACUGUUUGCGGACCGGAGUCUUUCACUCCCGACCAUAAACCACUACUAGGCGAAGAUCCCAACGUAUUUGGUUUGUACCACAAUUGCGGAUAUAAUUCCGCAGGUAUGAUGUUCUCUGCCGGCUGUGCUAUCCAAAUGGCGGAAUGGAUCGUUACUGGAAGGCCGAAGUACAACAUGUUCACAUUCGAUGUGCGUCGUUUCACUCCGGCGCAGCUGUCGCGUGCGCACUGGGUGCGUGAGUGUAGCCACGAGUCGUAUGUAAGGAACUACAGCGUGGUGUUCCCGCACGACGAGCGGCUGGCCGGUAGGGACGCGAGCCAUGACGCUCUGCACCAGGAUCUGGUGGAUGAUGGCGCGGUGAUGCAGACCCGUGCAGGCUGGGAACGACCUGGUUACUAUAUGCCCGGGGAGAAGAUCCGAGUGCAGCAGUACGACUGGGGCGGCACGCAGGACUACCCGCGCAACCUCGACCAGCGCUACGAGCACCUGCUGCAAGGAGACUACACCUUCGAUUUCUCCAAACAUCAUCACCUCAUAGGUGAGGAGGCUCUGUCUUGUCGUAACGCGGCCGCGCUGUUCAACAUGUCGUACUACGGCAAGUUCUACCUGACGGGGCCGGACGCGCAGCGCACCGCGCUACUCGCCUUCACUGCCGACCUCACUAAGAAAGACGACAGGGUCGUUUAUUCCUUGCUGCUGAAUGACAAAGGCGGAGUAGAAGCUGACGUCACAGUGAGCAUCCUCGACGGCGGCAGCGGACAGCUGCACGAGCCUAUAUUCAAGGGUCGUGGUUACUACGUGGUGUCGUCAGGGUUCAGUGCGAACCACACGCUGGCGCACUUGCGCCGCAUCAUACAGACACACAAGCUGCGGGCUACCAUCACUGACGUCACCAAGCAGCUGUGCAUCCUCAGCGUGCAGGGACCGGACAGCCAGAGAAUUCUCCAACGGUAUACCGACGCUGGUCUUUCCAAUGAUGCGUUCCCUGUGAAUACCCACCGUAGUAUUCACGUGUCGCAAGCGCCCUACUCCCCCGAUAAUAAACGGUACACUUGCCGGGCGCUGCGCGUGGGCUGGGCGGGCGAGCUGGGCUGGGAGCUGCACGUGCCCUCCUCGCACGCCGUACAGAUAUACCACGCACUCAGAACCGCUAAGGGGUUGAGGAACGCGGGAUGGAGAGCCUUAACCUCUUUGAGUGCUGAGAAAGGUUAUCAUUUGUGGAAUGCCGACUUGAGAUCGGAUGAUAAUCCUAUAGAAUCAAACUUAGGGUUCGCUUGUAGGAAAGACGGAGAGUACAUUGGCAAUGAACAAGUAACGAAAGCUAGAUUAAACGGAGUCACGAAAAAGCAUGCAUACUUCACACUUGAUGACAAGGUAGCGUUAUUUGGUCAAGAAGGCAUAUUCAGAAAUGGUGAACCUGUUGGAUAUUUGAGGAGAGGCGACUUCGGUUAUUAUCUUGACAAGCCUAUAGGAAUCGGUUACAUUAGCAAUCGAGGUUCCGAAGUUACAAAAACCUUUUUAAAAGAAGGCAACUAUGAAAUAGAAGUUAUGGGAACUAAAUAUAAGGCUACACUACAUUUGAAAUCACCAUUUGAUCCUACUGGCCAAAGAAUACUAGGAAAUUACGGCGAGCAAGGCAUGGAUGAAAAUACUCACGAACCGCAUGCCGGACAAAACGAGAGAGCAGGCGGUAGUGAAUAGUAUUUUACAAUUUAUUUAGAUCUCAAUAAAAUAAUUUUAAAUA